AUGGAGAAAAAUUAUAUAGAUAGAGUUCGAAGAGCUUUAGAAGUACUUCCAGAAGGUGAAGAUGAAGAAAGAAGAAGAACGAGCCAUAAAAAAACACGCAGCUUAGUAAUAGCAGAAAGAACAUACUCGGUGGGCUGGGAUCACACUUUUUCAACAAAUCAUAGAAUACUGUAUCCUAAGGAGUUUGUAGGCGAGUUUGGUAAUGAAUCCACAUGCAAGAACAACUCUGUGAUUGGCAAGCAUAAUGCACCCAUUGAACUGGAUACUGCUAGCAACAUUUAUUAUGAGGCAGAAUGCUUUCUAGGGGGAGAGGUUGUGGCAAGAAUUACUAUGUCCGGUGACAUACAUCUUUCUGAAAUAGCCAGGUUUCUAGUUGGAAGUGACGGCCUGUCAAGCAAGGUGUUUUUUGCCAUAGGAAAAACAAUCUAUCUUCAAAGCACUGAUGAUAGCUCUAUAAAAUUUGCCACAAUGGUAUUUCAAUUGAAAGUAUUUAAUAUCAAGAAAUGGGACAUUAGAAUUGAUAAAUGCAUAAAAGACAUAUCAAAGGAAAUAUAUUUUCAUGACGGAAGGUUUCUGAAGUCGAUUCAAAUUGUAAAGACAUUUUUUUCACAUAAAAGCACGAGUCCGUAUAUGUCUGUAAAACAUCUGCAUGGAAGAGCCCAAUUAUGCAAAUGCUGUCUAAAAAACAAUGCAGUACUGAAGAUGGUUAAUGAUCCUAUCCUCCCGGAAAAGAAAAAGUUUAUCUGCAAGAAGUGCUUUGAGCUUCUGUUUCUAAACAAGGAGGGAGAUAACCGAUAUGACGAUAUCGAGGUAGAGUUUCUUCAUUAG